AUGAAACAAUUAGAAGAUAGAUUAAGACAGAAACAAACUAAAGGAGCAUGCAAAAGAUGCCACUUGAUGCAUCAAGGUGAAUGCAUGAUGGAACAGUUACUAAGUUUCAUUCUUUUGACUGGCUAUUACAAUAUAGACUUGUGUUUUAUUACCUUAUCUAAGAUGUUUAGGAAUCAAGAAAUAAUAUGGAUACUUCACAGCUACGAUGAUUUUCUUAAAGUUAUAUUAAGUGAAUAUCGAGGGACAUAUGGGUAUAUGUACUUCAUAUAUAUAAUGAUCCAACAAGUGAAAGAAGAGGAAACCAGCAUAAUGCAUUACCAUUUGGAUAAGAAGACUAAAAUGGUAUUAAAUUCCUUUACUUUAAUUAAAGUCACCUUAAAUACAACUAUUAUGUGA